CACAGGGAUCCUGCAGAUAACAUCUCUUGAGCAUUUUAAGUGAUCAUCGUCCUUCAACUUCAGCAACUUCUGAGAAAAGUCAAAGAGCUUUGGUAAGUUAAUUUCUCAUUUCACUUCACUUGUUAUUGAUUGAUCAACCAGCGAAUGCAUCUGCACAAAUUUGUUCUUUGUGCGUAGAAGGCGACUUCAAGCGAGGCACUAGCUGCAUGCCAUUAGAGUCUAUGGGACAGAGGCCGUAGACUGAACUCUAAAAAUCGAAACUUGACGACAUUCUUCUCAAAAACAUUUUAGAUGAGCGAAAUCGAUGGCGUCGUUAUUCUAAAGAGAUGCUCUCAAAAUACAUAACGAAGAAGAAUGUUUACUUUCGGUUCGAGACGCGUUUGAAUGUUUCCUUAAGCAGUCAAAUUACUUUCUCGGAAAACGUUAACAUACCAACAUAAUUUAUGAGGAGCUUUGCGCUAAGGUUACGCUUCCAUUUGUUUAGCUGACGUAUUUUGAGUUCCUUGAAAUAAUGUUAGAAAGUACAAUGAUCACGAUUAAAUAACGUGGCGUCGGUUCUUUACAAUUCGUGUUCGUAAUCAAACAUUUACCUCGGCACAGGUAUUACUUAAAAAAACUAAACUCGGUAGAAUGGUUGAGCGAUACACUGCGUUGGUUAGGAUCGUUAUCAACUUCAGUUUAACUUAAAGCAGCCAAGAUUGCCUCCUACAGUCAUUCUCUCGAUAACAUAUAUUGUUUAGCAUAAAUUUUCUUUAUAGAAAUUAAACUAGAAGUGUCUUAAUCUUUUCAUUGUGGAGCAAGACCAUCGAAAUUUGCCUUGUAAAGCAAUGCACAUCGUUAUCGACUUCAUAGCAUUGAAAAACGUUGUUCGUUUUCAAAAGAAAGUCACAAAUUUGCCACCGAAAAGUUUCGAUCGACGUGCUGUUGUCGGUAUGGCGGUGAUUAUCUCUAUGGGAGAGUCAAAACGGCUUUACCAAUGGCGACUAUCCUCAAACAAAGUAGACGCUCUCUAUGAUUUUAAAAGAUGAUUAUAUGAAAUGAAUUUCGGCAUGCGAAAAUGUUUUUUUUGUCCAAUUUAGUCAAUUUUAAUCAGGAAACAUCAAAAUAUCUUUCGAUUCGCCUUGUGAGAAGGGUUUUUACCUCAGUCAUUUCAAAACAACUUCGUAAAAUAAGCUUUAGUUACUAGUGGUUAAAGAAAAUGUUUCUCACUGCAGUCACUGAAGGGAACCUUUACUGUGAUUCAGGUCUUCUGGCUGAAAAGAUAACGUGAGAUCCGCUCCGUUAGUUUAUCUUUUCCUCUUGAGAAAACUUGUCUCUGCACUUGACGCAAAUAAAACAACCGAACUAAUGCUAUGAACUUUGCUCAAUAACUAAUCAGGAAAACCACAAGAGCAUUUAUAAUCAAAGUUCAAACAACAGAGCACAAACUCUAACGAGGAUAGGCUCACAGUAAGAAUAAAACACGGCAAACAGGAAUAUAAGUCAUAUAGCGCAAAAAAGGAGGUACAAUUUUUUAGGAAUCAGUUAUACAGAGGGUACAUCACAUGCACUCAAACUACAAACCGAAGCAAUACAAAAGUCAACAAUGGCGUCUUUUUCUUUGUAGCUAAGCACUUCUAAGGAGGACUUACCAAUGAUAGGAGACAAGAGAAUUUUCUCUGAAUAGCAGCGGAUUAUUUCAUUCCGAAUUUAUGGCAAAUUUAUUUUUAAAGGAUCUCAUUUGGUUUGGUGAAGCGUCUCUGAUUUCGAGGCGAAAAGCCUUUCCGUUCGUUUUGAAAUCGUUGUUUGCAUUUUUCCAAGUGGACAUUCUUUUUCGAGAAAUAUUUUACCCCAGUUAGCCCGCUAUAUCAUUUUUAGACUGAAUGAGGAGACCUAUUGAGGAAUCACUUCCGUUUUGAUUUAAAACCUUCAUGUCUUAAUCCGAGAUCCAAUAUCUUUGCGUGAGUGGUAUUUAAGUUUAUUCCUCGUCCAUCACCGUAUCUAGUUCGAGGAGUAGGGAAUGUUGCAUUUGUAAACUGCUAACGGCUCUCUAUUUCAUUAGCUCGGUCGCAUAUGGAAUUUCGAGCAGCGCAAGGUAAACGGACAAAGAUUUACCUUUUUGUCCACCAGAGACAGAUACUUAGUGCACAAGGGCACUUUGUUUUUGUUCGAAAAAUUCCUUAUUAUUAAAGCUUAACUCCUGAAGGUUCUCGAUGAAGAUAGAUAUGUAUAAUUAUCCGAUAAACUAUAACCCGUUUUCUUUUGAGAUGUUUGUUUUUUUUUUUUUCUAGAAAAUCAUGUGGCGAUUUGAAACCAACAUGACUCAAGUCUUCACGUAAUUUUUGGCCUGUUUCCAAUAAUCAUUUCGGGGUAACUGAACAAAGAUAAAAUGAAAAGUGUUCUGACUUGCAGAGAUAUGAGCAUAUUUAGUCUCAAUAAAAGGGUGCAUGUCCUCAACUACAUGGUCUAAGUUUGGAUAAAAGUAUCGAUUUUAAAUGCCUAUUGAUGAAUUGAUGAUCAAGCAUGGAGCUGGCAAUCAUUGUAAACGAGUGUUCGCUAUUCCGCUACCCUCAAUGAAGUACUAUAAGGUUAAUUUUGAGAUAGUGUUCUCUCUUUAGCUAAUUCCAGUGUGCUCUCUUUCAGUUGUUAUCGUCGUUGAUGUAUUCAGAUUCUAUGAUGGGUGACGCUAAAGGUCAGUCGAUUUUUUUUUUUUUUAUCAAAAAUGUUAUUUUUCUUAUUUUGCCACUGUCUUAAAUGGCCCGCUCCUCUUUUUCCAGCUCUCUUGCACACAUAAAAGAGCAAAUUGAUAGUUCAGUUAAUUUUUAAUUUAAUACUUAAAUUACAGUAUCGGCAGAGAAAGCAAGAUGCCGGCCUUAGUUUCUCAGGUUUUGUAAACAUCGUUAAGGUGUGUUGUAGACCGGUCAGUGUUCUUUGAUCUGCAUCGAAGUUUUAAUUGAAGUCUACAUCACUAACAGUAAAUGGCUAAUCUGUCUUCCUCAGCCCCCCCUUUCUAUUUCGAUCGUGUUUUGCUGUACUUCGAGACGAGAAAGCUAUCCGCUAAGAAAUGAAAAGCAAUCUCCUCCUCUCCUCUCCUGCUCUGACCCUGAUACUCAGGUUUACAAUCAAUCAGACUGAUUGUCGAGCGUUUUCAACAUGAGCCAUUAGGCUCGGGGGAUUGGGUAACCACCCCCUACGUUACCGACAAAAAAAUAAAUUGUAUUGUAUUAUUGUAUUGUAUCAUUGUAUUGAUACUCAUUUCGCUGGAAAUGCGUAAGAAAUCUGAAUGAAUUCUUAUUCCUUCCAAGAAACCAGAAAAAAUCUCCAGACAGCGCGGAAGGUCACAUUUCAUCUGAGUUCCUUUUCACCGGAUGUAACACCCUCUUCACAAAUACCCUCUCUCAAACAAGGAUCUUUCAGCAGCGCCUUGUUCAACGAUCCAAAGAGUAAGAUCAUCUGCAAUCUGGCCAAGGAAUCCGAGUAUAUCCAGGGCAUGGUUAAAGGAACACUUGACCCCAAUGUCUUUGGCGGCUACACGGUGCAGGAUGCUGCCUAUUGCUUCAAGGCAGUGGAUUCUUACGAACGAGCUGCUGAGAAGAUGCAAGAAGUUGGCAAACCUGAAUUCGCUUUACUUUACAGGGCCCAAUCAGAGAGUUACAAAAGCUACAACCAGUAUUUUGUACAAACAUGGCGGCUCCAAAAUACAGACAGCGUGGUUAUGGGGCCGGCAGCAGCAACGUACGUGGGAUAUGAGCGUGCCUUGAGCCAAAACGAUCCCAAGUACCUGUGUAUUGCCAUGUUACCAUGUACCAUGCUAUGGCCCUGGAUUGCCGACCAACUCAUCGCUUCAGUCAACAAGAACAACCCAUAUUACGUCUGGUUUGAAGACAACAAGCCAAGCCCGGGCCACAAAAGCCACCUGGAGAAGUUCGUAGAUCACUUCUUUGUCCAAGUAGGGCCUGAGGAACGGCAGAAGUGCCUUUCCAUUUUCCAAGAAGGUUUGGUUAACGAAGUGAAUUUCUUCCGCAGUGCCUGCGAUCAAACCCUGUUUUACUACUCGUCCUUCCAGGAGUAACUUGUAAAAAGAUAUUAAUUUUGUUGUUUGUGUUUGGAAUUAGUGUGUCUGUGCUGCUUCAGAUGAUACCUCUGAAAUAGAACUAACAAGGAAAUUUGUCUAACCACAAAAAUUACUCCUUUUUUAUCGUAUAGGAACAUGUAGGUUGAAAUUAGGACGGAGACGAAAGAGGGGGUAGGUACCCAUACUCUUACACUAGAACCAGCUGGCCCUUUUUCACCGGCAAUAAUUCCUGAUUAUUUAGCAUCGACUUGAACAUGACUUCAAGGCCUUGUAAACAUACCAAACCUUUUUGUUACUUGAGUUUUAGAUUUUUUUAAACUCCCCAGGUGGCUGUAGUAAGGGCCUGUCAAAAUCAAGAUAACAUCAACAAUGUAGAAUAUACAAUACUGUAAUGGAAAUAAUAGCAUGUUCAGAUGACAAUUAUAAAAUGGUAAAAGGCAAAUAAAAAUUUAAAACAGCAG